AGGGCUUUGUCGCACCAGGAUACUUGCAAGGUUUAGCUGGUUGCUCCGAAAUACGCCAGGAUUAUCCACUGCCUGGAUCAGGUCAAGACUUUGACAUAAAUGGAAAUGUGCUGAACUUUGAGAAUAUUGAAAAAGAAAGAACACCACCCGUCGAAUCGGAAAACGGCGAUGAAACUUCGCGUGGAAAUCGUCCCGAUAGUAUUCCGUGUUCACGCAACGAAGAUCUUCCCGAACAUUCUCCGAGUUCACAAUCGCCAAGCUCCGCACAGACUUCGUGCACUGCCAUGGAAACGAAUGUCGUUUUGUUAACAAAAGUGUUUCCACAUGUCGAGAAACAUAUUUUAAUGAUAACCCUAAAAGCGUGUGGAAACAACUUGUUCAGAACAAUUGAAACUCUUGUACAAAACAACAAGAUGAGACAAUGUACAUUUCUAUCCCCACGGGUACCUAAUAUACAACAUCUACACCCAACAGUCCCUUCUCAAUGCUUGUCCAUGUUUCGACCGUUACCUUACACUCCUGGAUUUACGAGCCCGCGCAUGCCACCAACCAGCGGCCUCCAGUUCAACGCCUUAUCCCACGGUCACGUGAACCCUCGUGGAACUAAUGCCCUAGAGCUCAAUUCCCGGAUACUCAAGAGCCCGUACGCCUUCUCCGGAAACAAAAGUCCGUGGCGUCUUGCAUUUUCUAAUCAGCUGUCGUAUAAGAGACCGUUGCUAGCAUGGAAUGUUGUCACACCGACUGGUCUAAGUGAAACUGGAGUUACAACAAACUGCAUUGCAUGUUUCAAUGUUUUGAAUGUUGGCGACAAAUUCUGUAUCCAAUGUGGGAGAAUGAUUGCGAAGAAUUAUUAAAGCUUCUCGUGAAAGUUUUGUAAAGUUUGUUCAAGAAUAAACGACGUUUUUUUGAUGCGAGUCUCAUUUUUUUGCAUGUGUCUUUCCUGCUUGAAGCUCAAAAAUAAAGCGUUCCUGCGAGCAGAAAAUUUAAAGUUUUUUUCGUGAAUUUCCUGUUAAUCAGUUCAACAUGUAACCUUCCAAACAUUUCACUUCGUCGAAAGAAAGACCGGAGAUAAUUUCCUCAGAAAAAAAGCGAGAAAUUCCGUCGGGAAUUUUGAAAAACGAUGCAUGAGUGACUAAGAGUACUAUUGCAUUUAAUUGCCUGAAAAAAGUGCCUUUAAUGGUUUUAAACCGCGUAAAUUUUUCUGUUUCACCAACAAGAUUUUUAAAUGACAACAAAUAAGUUGGAUACAUCGUUGUUUUAAAUUCUCGCAUAUGUAAAAUUGCGCAGUUGCCUUUUUUGCGGUUGUUUUAAACCGUCCCACCCAAGAAUCGCGAUUUUUCAUUGAUGCAAGUCGAGCGUUCGCGUAGAAUGCAGUUACUUCAAGCCUGGGGCUCAAUAUAUUGAUGUAAAGUUUAUGAAGAAGAUUUCAGAAAUUGCGGACUUGGUUUUCGACCAAGUUCCGUAUUAUACGAUUCACGCAUCACAUUCACAACUCAUACCCCGGCUGGUAUGCUGAGCUCCACUUCGUUCAUGGCAUCUUUUAAAUGAUAUCCACUUUAUUUAUAAAACUAUUCACUUCAGCGCUUGUGCUAAAUAGGUGGGGUUCAGCUAACGAAGGGAGUAAUUACGUUCUCUGCUUGAACGCCCGUGAUCAGCUAACCAUGAACAAAACGGUUAAACCUGAACGCUCUUGUGAACUUGCAACCAGCUCGAAACGUUCCUUUGUGGCAGCCUAGUUUACUUUCUACUGACAUGUUCACUAACAAAAUCAAGGUAAGUUCGUUAAGCGUACUCUCUUGAACUGCGAAAUAUUACUUAGAUUUCUCUACUCGUUUUUAAGGUGAACUUUUCGCCUUAAAAUCGGCGACAAUUCUCGUCGCACUAAUUUUAGUUUUUGAACGGAGCUUUCCUCUUAUAAUUGUAUCAAGUACUAAUUACCCCCCUAAUUGAGAAUAUCAACCGUUCUAAUCUGUAAUUGUUACUUUUUUAGAACUCGUAUGCCGUAAAUGAAACGGUUAACUCGACAGACCGCGGCCACAAACAAUUUUGCUGAAGCAAGUUUGCUUUGAUUCACGGGGUUAACGAGUGCUCAUUGAAUUGUGAUUUCAACGACGACUACUAACGAGAACUCAGGAGCUGCUGGGAGGGGAAUGCCGCAUCGUGGACCCGGCGGAGUAAACCAACUCGGAGGCGUCUUCGUCAACGGCCGGCCGCUGCCGGACUAUAUGCGUCAAAGGAUCGUAGAGCUGGCGCAUGUUGGCGUACGACCCUCGGAGAUAUCUCGGCAGCUCCUCGUCUCACACGGUUGCGUUAGCAAGAUCCUCGGCCGGUACUACGAGACCGGUUCGGUCCGGCCCGGCGCGAUCGGAGGCAGCAAGCCCAAAGUCGCUACGCCGAAGGUAGUCGAGAAAAUCCUCGAGUAUAAGGACAAGAAUCCUUGCAUCUUCGCCUGGGAGAUCCGAAAUAACCUUCUCAACGAUGGCGUCUGCGAGAAGGCAAAUGUACCGAGCGUCAGCUCUAUAAAUAGAAUAUUACGCAACAACGUGGCGGAGAAGGAGGCAAAAGCUGCGCAUGACAAAGCGAGGGCUGAAGCUCAAAUGCAGGCUCAGAUUCAGCAGAUCCACAUGCACGCAGGCGCAGCGUCCUUUCCCCAGCAGCAGUUUAGUUUCACCCUCCCGCAAAAUAUGUUCCCGAACGGGCUGACCGCCUUUGCAAACAGCGCAUCCCUGGACUCGAGUCAAUUACAGCAGUUCCAAACCUCUGAGCAGGCGCACAAUCCUGAGAAUAUCGUACAUGAAGUAUCACGUGCCCUGAAACGUGAUCACAUUGAAAGUGGUCACGGUCAGAUUUCGCCCACCUCUCGCAAGGAUAGUGACGAUUCUGACGACACGGCAACAGGGAGCCCGGGAAGCAGCAGCGGCAGCAGUAGUACGAGUACCGGCGAACACGUCCGAGAGAGGAAACGACGACUGUCGACGAACAGCGACGAGGACGAACACGGAUUAAACGGAGAUCUGAACGGUAAUGACCUCGUGAAGGUCACGCGGCGCUCGCCAAAGGAACACGUGGAUAGUGGCCACGAGACUAAAAGAAUAAAACUCGAUGACCAAACGGCUAAAAAUAGAAAUGAGAGUACCCAAAAAAUAUCACCGACGUGGAUCAAGUAUUUCCCAGCAGGUAUAGCGGUCAAUGGAGGCAGUCUCAAUGGCUUGAGUCCGCUGAGUGACUUCCAAGGCCUGGGCAGCGGUCUAAACGGACUAACAAACGGCUUUGCUGGAAUAAACACGAUCAAUGGACUGGGGACGAUUAACGGCUUAGCGACGAUCAACACAACCGCUGGUAAUUUUGCUAUUAAUACUGCUGGCGGAUCUACAAAUGGCAUAAGCCCGGUGAAUGGACCAAAUCAGGCGCGGGUCAAUCAAAUAAACGGGUUUGCGGGUUUGAACACGAUCAACGGGAUUACUGGUGUUAGUGGUCUCCAGGGGAUCAACACGAUCAACGGUAUAGGAUUGAAUGGGAUAAACGCGACUUUCGGGAACGGUUUGAGUAACAUGUCAACUUUAAAUGGUCUGAGCGGGUUUCAAACGGAUAAUGGGAACACUAAUGGACUGAGCGGUACAGGUGAGGGUAUCCAAUGGUCGCAUAAUCCUAUUGUUUGUUUCUCUGAUGCAAUUCUCACAAACGGCAACGCGCAGCAGCCGAGUAACGGUGGGGCACGAACAACGACGAUCAUUCCCGAAGUACAGUUUCCAUUUGCGCUCGCGUCUCGCAUGGACGCGCAAACAGGCUCCAAUACGUCGUGCACCUCGGUUUACGCUCCCGUAAGCACGAACGGAGGAAAAACAACCACGUUUGCUGUAUCGAAUCAAAUCGCAAACGGAUUUCCAACCGUCCAACUCUCGAGACAAAUUGGAAACGAUUUUAAUGCACCAAUCAUGAAGCUUGUCAAUACACCGACAUUUUUGCCUGUGAGACCAUGAAAUUACGGUUAAAUGUCGCUAAAUGCUAAAAAUGCGGUUGGGGCUAGAUGUUUUCUCUUGGAAUGUUUCCUGAAUGUUGGCAAAUAAACAAAUAUCACGGGUUUUUUCACAACAGAGAAUAGCUUGUAGAAUAAUGCGACGUAAAUUAAUAUCAGAAUGUUCUCGUGUUUUGUAAUUUGUCCUUUUGCGAGCUUAUCAAAUAGUUUUUUGCCGAAACAACUUGUUAAAGAUCUUCGAAUUUCGACAACUUCAACGCUAUCAUGAGCCUUAAAAUAUUUGCGCAAAAUUAGCAUAAUCUACGGUAAUCAUUUUCCUCGUGUUCCCACGUCACGUGUGGGUCCAAAAACGGUGAAAAACCAAACCUUUGCCAGCAGACAAUAGGAAGAAACAUGUUUCGAGAAAAAAUAUGUUUUUCGGAGCAUGUUUCUUCCUACGUGUUUGGCAUUUGCUUCAUUUUGGGAAACAUGGCUAGGAGGUAAUAUUUUCAAUCAUUGGCCCUAACUUGCCGAGGUUUACUCUUGGCUUUUGUGAUAUUGUUACUACAUAGACUGUAGUGUAGCGUGUUGAACAGCAAAUAACAUUGUAACUAGCAAACGAAAAACACAGCAGAAAUAGGGAGAUACGGUCUCCAAAUUAUGAGAAGAAUUUACACAUUGAAAGUUUGUUCGGAAGUAAAAAUCAUCUCCGAUCAAAUAAAACAAAAAUUUUAGUAUGAAAAAUAGAAUAGAAUAUAUUUUAUUACAAGCCUUAGCGAGGUCUUAUUUGGUAAUAAUUCCAUGCUCGGUCAAUCCUAAAUACACGAAUUUAAUCCUUGAGAUUAGGUUAGGAUUAGGGUUAAAUUUAGGAUUAAGGUUAACCAUAAUCAACCAGAAACCUAAUCUAAGAUGUAAUCCUAACCUAAUCCUAUUUAUUGAACAUGGAAUUAUUACCUUAUUUCUUCUAAAACGAAGUAAAUUUUAAGGUAAUCUCAAUGAUUAUCAAGAAUGUAGUUUUAUGGUCCAGUUUCUUGAUACUGGAUGCGACUCAGCUGAAUGUGAAUGGAAUAAAGAGAUUAUUUUUGCAUCGAUAAAC